CCAUCCAUUAUUUUAUAUAUCAAGAAAAACAGACAGAGGAGGAUCCUAGGUGAAGGUGUGGGAUGGUGGUGGUGGUGGUGGUGGUGGAGGUGGUGCAGUUUUGUUGAUCUCUAUGCAUUGUUUUUUUUUUUUUUUGAAAGAUUAAUUAAUUUAUUAUCUAUAAUAUUUCUUUUGGUUUUGUUUGCGCUUUUCUUUGUAUUUCUAGGUAAGGUACUAAACACUAUACUACUUGUUUGAGUUUUGUGUUCAAAGCAAGCAAGAGAGAGAAAGAGAGAGAAGCAAAAACCAAUUAUGCAAAUCCGAGAAGAAAGUUUUGGAAAUUGAUGCAAAUGUCGAUUAUGCCUUGUUCAAGGCAAAUCCUCUUCUCUUCUUCUUCUUCUUCUUCUUAUUCUUUGUUAUCAUUUUCUAUCUUAAUUAAUCUUCUUUUUCUAUCACCUCCUUCUCUGGCUGCACCAAACCAUGAAGCAUCUAUUCUUUUUUCUUGGUUACAUUCUUCUAAUAACAAUUCACUGCCGCCACCUUCUUUCUCUAGCUGGAACAAUCUUGAUUCUUCCCCAUGUAAUUGGACCUUCAUAAAGUGUUCUCCUCAAGGUUUUGUUUCUGAAAUAGAUAUUCAGUCUAUUCCUCUCCAGCUUCCUUUACCAUCAAAUCUUUCUUCUUUUCUUUUUCUUAAUAAACUUGUCAUUUCUGAUGCUAAUAUCACUGGAACUAUGCCUCUUGAUAUUGGAGACUGUGUUUCGCUUACUGUAAUCGACCUCAGCUCUAAUAGUCUUGUCGGAAAUAUUCCAAGAAGCAUUGGCCAGCUUAAAAAUCUUCAAGACUUGAUUUUGAAUUCUAAUCAGUUAACUGGAAAAAUCCCAGUUGAGUUAACUAAUUGCAUUGGCCUCAAAAAUCUGCUUCUUUAUGAUAAUCGGUUGAGUGGGUACAUUCCAACAGAGCUAGGCAAGUUGUUAAGUCUUGAAGUUCUUAGAGCUGGAGGAAAUAAAGACAUUAUUGGCAAAAUUCCUGAUGAGCUUGGAAAUUGCAGGAACUUGACAGUUUUGGGAUUAGCUGAUACAAGAGUUUCAGGUUCUUUGCCUGUUUCAUUGGGUAAACUAAGUAAGCUGCAAACACUGUCCAUCUAUACUACAAUGCUUUCUGGUGAGGUUCCUCCUGAUAUUGGUAAUUGUUCUGAACUUGUAGAUUUGUUUCUUUAUGAAAAUAGUCUCUCUGGUUCGAUUCCGCCGGAGAUUGGUAAGCUUGGAAAGCUUGAACAGUUGUUGUUAUGGCAAAAUAGUCUUGUUGGAGUCAUUCCAGAAGAGAUUGGAAAUUGUAGUAAAUUGAAAAUGAUUGAUUUGUCUUUGAAUUCUUUAUCUGGGACUAUACCUUCUUCUAUAGGUGGUCUUUUGGAGCUUGAAGAGUUUAUGAUUAGUGAUAAUAAUGUGUCUGGUUCAAUUCCCUCCAAUCUUUCUAAUGCUACAAACCUUUUGCAAUUGCAACUUGACACAAAUCAGAUCUCAGGUUUAAUCCCACCUGAGCUUGGGAAGUUGUCAAAGCUUAAUGUGUUUUUUGCUUGGGCAAACCAACUUGAAGGAAGCAUUCCCUCUAGUUUGUCUAAAUGCAGUAACCUUCAAGCACUAGACUUGUCUCAUAAUUCACUUACUGGAAUUAUCCCUCCUGGCCUGUUUCAGCUUCGAAACCUCACUAAACUUCUUUUAAUAUCUAAUGACAUUUCUGGUUCUGUACCACCAGAGAUUGGUAAUUGCAGCUCUCUUAUCAGGCUAAGGCUUGGUAACAACAGGAUUGCUGGUGGCAUUCCUAAAGAGAUUGGGGAUCUUAAGAACUUGAAUUUUCUUGAUUUAUCCACCAAUCGCCUUUCUGGUCUGGUUCCUGAUGAAAUAGGAAGCUGCACGGAAUUGCAAAUGAUAGACCUUAGCAAUAACACUAUACAGGGUCCCCUGCCAAAUGCAUUGUCAUCUCUGAAUGGCCUUCAAGUCUUAGAUGUUUCAGCUAAUCAAUUUGAAGGUGAAAUACCAGCAAGCUUGGGCCGCCUUGUUUCACUCAACAAGCUCAUUCUAAGCAGGAAUUUGUUCUCUGGAUCAAUACCUUCGUCUCUUGGCCUUUUUUCAAGUCUUCAAUUGCUUGACCUAAGCGACAAUGAACUCACUGGCAGCAUUCCGAUGGAAUUGGGUCAUCUAGAAGCCCUUGAUAUUGCUCUCAAUCUCAGUUAUAAUGGACUUACAGGGCCAAUUCCACCUGAGAUGUCUGCACUCACUAAGCUUUCUAUAUUGGACAUCUCACAUAACAAGCUUGAAGGAAAUUUAAGUCCUCUUGCAGGCCUUGGCAAUCUUGUUUCUCUCAAUGUAUCUUUCAAUAACCUCACUGGCUAUCUUCCUGAUAAUAAGCUGUUUAGACAGCUACCGCCAGAAGAUUUAUCAGGAAACCCAGGUCUAUGUUCUUCCAUCAAGGACUCAUGUUUCUUGAGUGAUGCAGGCAGCACAGGACUGUCAAGAAAUGGAGAUGACAUAAGGCAGUCACGAAAGCUUAAGCUAGCAAUUGCUUUGCUUAUCACAUUGACAGUGGCUAUGGUGAUUAUGGGGACAAUUGCAAUUAUUCGUGCAAGAAGAACCAUUAGAGAUGAUGAUGAGUCCGAAUUGGGAGAUUCAUGGCCUUGGCAAUUCACUCCAUUUCAAAAGUUGAAUUUCUCUGUUGAUCAAGUUCUGAGAAGCUUGGUGGAUUCCAAUGUAAUUGGAAAAGGGUGUUCUGGUAUUGUUUAUCGUGCUGAUAUGGAAAAUGGUGAAGUCAUUGCUGUGAAGAAGCUUUGGCCUAAUACAAUGGCAGCCGAUAAUGGAUGCAAUGAUGAAAAAAGUGGCAUUCGCGAUUCUUUCUCAGCAGAAGUGAAAACACUCGGUACUAUUAGGCACAAGAACAUUGUUAGGUUCUUGGGCUGUUGUUGGAAUAGAAGUACAAGAUUGUUAAUGUACGAUUAUAUGCCGAACGGAAGCUUAGGUAGUCUCCUACAUGAAAGAACAGGAAAUGCAUUGGAAUGGGAACUCAGGUAUCAAAUUCUGUUGGGAGCAGCACAAGGCCUUUCUUAUUUGCACCAUGAUUGUGUUCCUCCAAUUGUUCAUAGAGAUAUCAAAGCCAACAACAUCCUUAUUGGCCUUGAAUUUGAGCCUUAUAUUGCAGAUUUUGGCCUUGCUAAGCUUGUCGAUGAUGGUGAUUUCGCUCGGUCAUCCAAUACAGUUGCAGGCUCUUAUGGAUAUAUUGCUCCUGAAUAUGGUUACAUGAUGAAGAUUACAGAGAAAAGCGAUGUUUAUAGCUACGGAGUGGUGGUAUUGGAAGUUUUAACAGGCAAGCAGCCAAUUGAUCCAACAAUACCAGAAGGACUACAUGUAGUGGAUUGGGUUAGAGAAAAGAAGGGAGGCGUUGAAGUGCUAGACCCUUGCCUAUUAUCUAGACCAGAGGCUGAAAUUGAAGAAAUGAUGCAAGCAUUAGGCAUAGCCUUAUUAUGUGUUAAUUCCUCUCCUGAUGAAAGACCAACCAUGAAAGAUGUUGCUGCAAUGCUUAAAGAGAUCAAACAUGAAAGGGAGGAGUAUGCAAAAGUUGAUAUGUUACUUAAAGGUUCAUCACCAGCAGCAAACACAGAAAUCAAGAACUCAAUUAGUAUUAAUGGAGUUGCUGCAACUUCAUCAUCAAAGACAGAAGCAAUUCAAAGUUGGUACCCAAAAAGCAAUAAUUCAAGCUUCUCUGCUUCCUCUUUACUUUACUCAUCUUCGUCUAAUGCCAAAGGGGGCUUCAAGUGAUGAAAAUAUAUAAAUAUAUAUAAAAUUACAGAUUGCACAGUCUUGAUGUAGAGUGGAAUUAAGCUUGUUCUUUUUUUUUUCUUUUAUGCUUUCUUCCUCAAUUUGUUCUUUUCCAAUGUAAAGAAAAUGCUGAUAUAUUUGUUAUAACUACUAAAUUCAACAACUACAAAAAGAGCCAAUAAAGAAACUUUAAUUCCUCUGGUAA